ACAGGCCCCCUCCCACAUUAAAGAGGAGCAGCUUCAUGAUGAAGAUGAAGCUCAGUCCUUUCAGCUUCAUCACAGUCAAAGUGAGGAGAACAGAGGGGCGGAGCUUGUAAGUCAACACAUCACAGAAGCUGAUGGAGAGCAUUGUGAAGAUAUCAAGUCAGAACCAGACAGCAUCUUUGCUCCACUGUCAGACAUGGACCACAUGAUGUCACACUCUUCUGAUCACAGUGACCACAUCCAAAAACCUUUGGAGAGUAAAAAUGACUCUAAAGGUGAUACGAGACAUCACACUAACAACAAACACUUUGACUGCUCUGAAUGUGGGAAAUCAUUUAGACACAAGGGUCAUUUUACAGUACACAUGAGAAUACACACUGGAGAGAAACAUUUUACAUGCUCUUUUUGUAAGAAGAAUUUCUUCCAAAAGGGUAACAUGACCACACACAUGAGAACACACACUGGAGAGAAACAUUUUGCUUGCUCAGCUUGUACUAAAAGAUUCAACACUAAGAAUGAAAUGAUAUUACACAUGAGAACACACACAAGUGAGAAACCUUUUACUUGCUCUGUUUGUAAGAAGAGUUUCUCCAGAAAGCAACAAAUGACCUUACACAUGAGAACACACACUGGAGAGAAACCUUUUGCUUGCUCAGCUUGUGCUAAAAUGUUCAACACUAAGACGGAAAUUAUAUUGCACAUGAGAACACACACAGGUGAGAAACCUUUUACUUGCUCUGUUUGUAAGAAGAGUUUCUCCAGAAAGGAACAAAUGACCACACACAUGAGAACACACACAGGUGAGAAACCUUUUACUUGCUCUUUUUGUAAGAAGAGUUUCUCCACAAAGCGUAACAUGACCACACACAUGAGAACACACACUGGAGAGAAAUCUUUUGCUUGCUCAGCUUGUGCUGAAAGAUUCAACACUAAGAAUGACAUGAUAUUACACAUGAGAACACACACAGGUGAGAAACCUUUUACUUGCUCUGUUUGUAAGAAGAGUUUCUCCACAAAACAUAACAUGACCACACACACAAGAACACACACUGGAGAGAAACCGUUUGCUUGCUCAGUUUGUGCUAAAAGAUUCAACACUAAGAAUGAAAUGAUAUUGCACAUGAGAACACACACAGGUGAGAAACCUUUUACUUGCUCUGUUUGUAAGAAGAGUUUCUCCAGAAAGGAACAAAUGACCAUACACAUGAGAACACACACUGGAGAGAAACCUUUUGCUUGCUCAGCUUGUGCUAAAAGAUACAACACUAAGAAGGAAAUGAUAUUGCACAUGAGAACACACACAGGUGAGAAACCUUUUACUUGCUCUGUUUGUAAGAAGAGUUUCUCCAGAAAGGAACAAAUGACCAUACACAUGAGAAAACACACUGGAGAGAAACCUUUUGCUUGCUCAGUUUGUGCUAAAAGAUUCAACACUAAGAAUGAAAUGAUAUCGCACAUGAGAACACACACAGGUGAGAAACCUUUUACUUGCUCUGUUUGUAAGAAGAGUUUCUCCAGAAAGGAACAAAUGACCAUACACAUGAGAACACACACUGGAGAGAAACCUUUUGCUUGCUCAGCUUGUGCUAAAAGAUUCAACACUAAUAAGGAAAUGAUAUUGCACAUGAGAACACACACAGGUGAGAAACCUUUUACUUGCCCUUUUUGUGAGAAGAGUUUCUCCAUAAAGGAACGCAUGACCACACACACUGGUUAUGGGCCCAGACGUGCAACGGGAGGAAGAUGGCAGCGCCUGAUCUUCGAUGGAGACGAGGACAACUACGAACUUUGGGAAGUAAAAUUUCUUGGUCACAUGAGACUUGAACGUUUAAAGGACACAAUACUUUCCUCUGGUGAGGUUGACCCAGAGAAGAAUGCAGAAUGCUUUGCAGAGCUAAUCCAGUUCCUAGACGACACAAGUCUGUCGUUGGUAAUGAGAGACGCUGCUGACGAUGGUCGCAAAGCACUACAAAUUUUACGGCGCCAUUAUGCCAGUGAUGGUAAGCCAAGAAUUAUUUCCCUGUACAACGAAUUGUGUUCCCUGAAGAAAGACUCAGAAGAAACUAUUACAGACUACAUCAUUAGAGCCAAAAAGAUAGUGACUUCUUUAAGAAAUACAAAGCAAGUAAUAAGCGAUGAGUUGAGCAUUGCUAUGGUUCUGCGGGGCCUACCGGAACCAUACAAACCAUUCGUCAUUCACAUGACACAGAGCAACGAUGAAGUGACUUUUGUGGAGUUCAAGAGCAAACUACGAAGCUACGAAGAGACAGAGAAAUUUGAACGCAAACCAAAAUCAGACAACGUAAUGAAAGUGGACAUAGCGUCAGCGACCUGUUAUGGAUGUGGGAAUCGUGGACAUUUGGCGAAAAAUUGUCCCCACAAAACAACACCAAAGUGGUGCAACUACCACCGAAGCACAACACAUACAGACGCGACGUGCAGAAGAAAAACCAAGCCUGACUCUGCUAAACAAACUAUGGAGAAAGAAGAAGAUUCAAAGGAAAUUGGCACCUCCUUUGUGUUCCAAGCCAGUCAUUUGGUGCUUCCAGACGGCAUCAAACAAAAUGGACUGAUGGUGGACUGUGGGGCGACGUCACACAUAAUCACUGAGAAGAGCAAAUUCACACGAUUUGAUGAGACUUUUAACCCAAACAAACACUACAUGGAGUUGGCCGAUGGAACAAGGAAGAACAACGUGGCGCUGAAGAGAGGCGAUGCAGUGGUUCUUCUACGCAACACAGAGGGGAGAAGCGUCUCCGUCACACUGAAGAACGCCUUGUUCAUCCCAACCUACCCACAGGACUUCAUGUCGGUGAAAGCAGCCACGACUAAUGGAGCUCAAGUGAUCUUCGGAGAAGGACAAAACCGGCUCAUCACGAAAGAAGGAAACACCUUCAAGAUAGAAGUACACGAGAGACUGUACUACCUCAAAACGACAAAGUGA